GGAGUACUUAUACCACUCUUAAUUAUGUCAGAUUUAGAACCCUCUGAGUUUUCCGAGGUCCUCCAAUUCUAGAACAUUGAUUAUUGCCAGUUUUAAUCGUUCCACCAUUGAAGGUAGUUACCUAGCUAUUUCAGAAAAUCAAAAGGAGGAAGAUGCGACCCAAGUCAGAGGAAUUCCAUUUCCAGUUGGAUGUAGUGGGAUAUUAAAGAAAGGAGUCGGCAAAGAACAGGAAUUCAUAAAAAAAAACUAUCGAAGAACGGACGGAUUGAAUUAUUUUGGAUCUCUACUACCAAUACAAAGACUGCGACAUCUGCAAGUAGAACUAACAUGAAUGCAAGUCUCGGAAGCCCAGAAACGGUAGAACACUGCUAUAAAUUUGUGGAUAAACCGUGUCUUAGAACAAUCCGGUCCCAUGGUCUCCGAGCAUCGCUUUAUGCGUUUGGCGCAUUGGCAAUUCUGGUUACAAUGUUUGGCAACAUGUUAGUAAUCAUUUCAAUCUCCCACUUCAAACAACUUCACACACCCACUAAUUAUCUCGUUCUUUCUUUGGCAAUCGCUGAUUUUCUGCUGGGAUGCAUGGUGAUGCCUUAUAGUUUGAUAAGGUCCAUUGAAAACUGUUGGUACUUAGGAGACUUGUUCUGCAAACUUCAAGCAAGCUUUGACUUCAUGCUCUGUGCGGCGUCAAUAUUCCACCUGUGCUUUAUUUCUGUUGAUCGAUACUACGCGGUGUGUGACCCGCUGAAAUACAAAACCAGAAUAACUUUUCACAUCGUUCUAAUUAUGAUCCUCAUCAGUUGGAUUCUCUCCGCAUUUGUGGGUUUUGGUAUGAUUUGUUUAGAAUUAAACUUGAUAGAAAUUAGAGACUUUUAUUAUAAAGAAAUAUUUUGCUCUGGCGGUUGUACUCUGGUGAUGGGGAAACUAUGUUCGGUGAUCUACUCCAUAGUUUCCUUCUACUUCCCAGGAUUUAUUAUGCUUUGUAUUUAUACAAAGAUUUACUUUGUAGCCACAAAACAAGCCCGAGCCAUAAAUGACAUUACAAGACAAGUCCACUCCAUCAAAGAAAACAAAAACAUAACUUCCCAGACAAGUGAAAGGAAAGCUGCGAAAACACUGGGGAUAGUGAUGGGGGUGUUUUUAAUGUGCUGGACUCCAUACUUCACUUGUAAUUUCUUGGAUCCUUUCAUUGCACACACGACACCCCCGCUUAUGUUUGACACUUUUUUUUGGUUAGGGUACUUAAACUCGGCGUUCAAUCCGGUGAUCUAUGCAUUUUUUUAUUCUUGGUUCAGAAAAGCCCUGAAAAUUAUUCUAACUUUUAAGAUAUUCACAACCGAUUCCUCCAGGAUAAAUCUCUUCUAAUUUGACUGCAGGAAGAGAAAAUAGCAGUUGUGGGACUAGAGUGGCACUGGUACAGAUGUCCCCCUUCUGUUUAGAAUUUAUUACAAAUGCCAUAAUGUUAUCAUCUUAGCCAUUUACAAUUCUAUCACCGAAAUCUGUGAAGUUAGUUCAGAAAGCUUUAAGUAUCAUGUUGUUACUUCUCACUAGCAGCUCAGAAUGUUAAAAUUAC